CGGCCGCGGCCCCGCGUCACGUGGUACCUGGAGAACUCCGUGAUCGACGACGACUACGAGACGCGCGACGACGUCACCGUCAACCACCUCCUGUUCCGCAGCGUGGGGCGGCAGCACCUGAACGCGCGCCUGGUGUGCCAGGCGUCCAACACGCCGCUGGACACGCCCACCACCAAGGUGGUCAUCCUGGACGUCAACUUGAAACCCGUGGCGGUGCACAUCCUCACCAAGGAGAAACACGUGUCCGCCGACAGACGCUACGAGGUAGAGUGCAAGUCCUCCGGUUCCCGGCCCGAGGCCGUUAUCACAUGGUGGAAAGGCAGUCGCCAGAUAAAGCGCAUCGCCAAAAAUUUCUCUGAGGACGGCAACCAAAGCCUGAGCAUCCUGGCGUUCGUGCCCGGCAUCGACGACGACGGGAAGUACCUGACUUGCCGGGCAGAGAACCCCUGGAUCCCAGACAGUGCCUUAGAGGACAAGUGGCGCCUCAACGUCCACUAUAUGCCGGUGGUGACGCUGAAGAUGGGAUCCAGCCUCAACCCCGACGACAUCAAGGAAGGGGACGACGUCUACUUCGAGUGCAACAUCCGAGCCAAUCCCAAAACCUACAAGCUCGCCUGGUUCCACAACGGUCGCGAGAUGCAUCACAACGUGUCGGCCGGCGUCAUCCUGAGCGACCAGAGCCUGGUGCUGCAGGGCGUGACGCGGCACUCGGCCGGUGACUACACCUGCCUGGCGGUCAACAGCGAGGGCCGCGGCACCAGCAACCCGGUCGCCCUACGCGUCAUGUGCAGGGGAAAUGCGAGUAUCUUGAGAAAGCCUGCCACAAGUGUCACAGGAAGUGACCGGGAUUUGAACCCUGGUGAGGUGGAAUCUAGGCGGGCUUGGGGAAAUUCCCUCCCGCUCCGGCCCCCGGCCCCUCAGCCCGCCAUUCCACCCGCUGCAGCUGUGGCUGGCCCCGCCUGA